UACACCUCAGUGUGAUGUUCACACAGUCCGCAGCAAGACAACAUGGAGGUCACAGCUCUCUGCAUCAGACUGUUGAUGACUGUGUUGACCCUGCCUUGUUCAUAUGCUCAGAAAGAUGAUGCAACUCUCAGUAUCCAACCAAACAGACUGCAGUUCUUUGAAUAUGAGCCUGUAACUUUUCAUUGUGAGGGGUUUCAUGGUUCAAUGGAAUGGAAAAUUGUACAUUGGAUCAAAGGAGAAUUACCAAAUUGUGAUACUCAUAUGGUGGAAUCAAUCGGCUUAGACUGCAACAUUAAAAAUGUUUAUUCAGAGGACAGUGGUGAAUACUGGUGUGAAUCUGCAAGGGGGAGAAGAAGCAACCGCAUCAACAUCACAGUCAUAACCAGUUCUGUGAUUCUGGAGAGUCCUGCUCUUCCUGUGAGGGAGGGAAAUCCUGUGAUUCUGCGCUGUAGGAACAAAACUACUUCUACCAACCUCUCUGCUGAUUUCUAUAAAGAUGGACUCUUCAACAGGAGCAGCUCUAUGGGAGAGAUGAUCAUCUACAGUGUUUCCAAGCAUGAUGAAGGACUCUACAACUGUAACAUCUCAGGAGCUGGAGGAUCACCAGAGAGCUGGCUGGCUGUCAGAGACCUUCAUGAGGCGACUCGUCCAUCCUCAGAUCACUGCUCUCUUGUUUACCUCCUGACAGCAGUGUUGGCCUACAAGGUGGUGCUGGUGGUGCUGCUGCUGCUGCUGUUAGGACUGCGUCACCAUGGCAAAAUCAGAGGUACAAAACACAACUGCCGAACUAAAGAGAAGAAUGACGUGAAUGGCAAAGAAGACUCCUAA